AUGAAAGUGCCGACAGUCGGUACGAGCGAUGAACUGACUCAAGAGCAAGAAGAUGAAUUGGCGAGAAUGGAUGACGAAUUGAGGGAGCGAAAUUACGAACUCGCCAAGCUCCGAUAUAAAGUUUCAAGCGAGCACCCGAAAAAGUGGGAAAAGCAGCAGCUCGAGCUCAUUCGGGGCUUCGAGGUUCCACAAACUGAGCCUAUCAGAUGGGAUGGUAGAAUUGACGCUUCGACGGACACUCACGAUCCCUUCGCAGCUGAAGAUUCUAGUGUAAAUGAGCCGCCAAGGAUUGUUCAACCAGUACCGCUGCAUCCGCAAAGUUCUGAAGAAGACAUGGAAUAUUUCAAAAGAAGGGAGCACUUUCCAUUCGACGAAUCAAAAGCGCCAACCUUUGUGCGAGAAACCUUAUCAAAGCUGGACAAGUACAACAAAACCAUGCGAUACACACACGCUUAUCAGCACAACGAGUUCGAAGAAGUCCCAAGCUCGGCGUCCAGUAGCAUUAGCACUCUGCACUCAAUGGUUCAAACAAAUACUGACUCAAGAAUGAAAUGA